CUAAUUCGAAAUGAGCAUGGCGCUUAAUACAAAAUCGAUCGAAAAUGCUACCUAGAUUCAUACAAGAAUAUGAACGUAAGGAAGAAACAUACAAAAUCAGAUGGAAGAGAUAUAAAAGACCGGUAAGGACCACCAUCUCAGCCCUGAAAUUUAUCAAACGAACGACAAAGGAAAAGAUAGUACGGUUACAACCGAUGACUAUCGAAGGAAAACGACGAACAUCGGAACGUUUUAAAUUAGCUGAAUGGACAUGUGAUCAUCGAAAUUCUCAUACGAAACGUUAUAUCAUGCCGGAAUCGCACAUACACCCAGAAAUGAGGCACGAAUUUUGGAUACCUAAAGGACGAAUGGAACUGAAUUGCACAGGCUGCAAGCGUUGGACAGCCAAACCAUUCAAAUUAUCAGCCAUGCCAAAUCUUCAGAAACACGAGUUAAACAAUCAAGAAUCCUCACACAAGCGGAUUAGCUUACCUUUACUCUCUCUCCUUCAAACGGGAAUGGAGCAGCCAAAAGACAAGUUGUCCUAUUCACGUUUCACAAAGAAAGCGGUCCAUCUGGAAGUAAUAGAGAAUUUGUCAGCUGAAAGUUUUUCACAUGCUUUAAAGAGGUUCAUAUUACGACUGGUUAUCCAGAUAAGUUUUGAGCAGCAAUGCAAGCCAAUCCCCACUAGUUUUCAAAGCCGUGAAGAAGUAACACACCAAACUAAAUGA